GAAGUAGAGGAAAAGGAAUGACAUUCCCGUCAAUACGAAUUUUCGUUAGUCAUUUUUUAUAAAAAAUUUCUUCGGCUUAGGAAGAAAACUACGUCUAUUGGCCGUAAAACAACCAACUAAAUAAUAAAUAAAUUAAGUGUAAUGGAAGUAAAAGAAAAGGUCAAUUGAAUUUAUUUUUUAAACAACGCAAUUAAAGGUAAACAUAUGUAUACAUAUAUCUAUGCCUAAAAGUGCAACAAAGGUUGAAGAGUGAACAAUAAAAAUACAAGAACGGACAAAAAGAAAACAACUACAAAGUUAUAGUGAAAAUCGAUUGAAAAAUAUUACAUUAUAUCAAAAGAGCAAUAUUGUUAAAAAGUAGUGGAGAAAAUUGUUAAUUAUUGCUUGAAUUUUAUUCCAAACGCAAUAAGUGUGUGUGUAAAAUGUGGCCUUUUGGGCAAUCGACACCGUUUGAUGCGGAAAUUGAAAAAUCUACAAGCGAAACUAAUACAAAUGAAAAUUGGUCACUCAUAUUGGAUGUCUGCGAUAAGGUGUCAUCGAAUCCACGCAGCGCUAAAGACUGCUUGAAGGCAAUUAUGAAACGUAUGGGGCAUGCCGAUCCACAUGUUGUAAUGCAAGCUCUAACGUUAUUAGACGCUUGCGUGAAUAAUUGCGGUAAACCUUUUCAUUUGGAAAUUGCGUCGCGCGAAUUCGAAAAUGAGUUCAGGCGUUUGCUAGGCAAAGCACAACCGAAAAUAUCUCUAAAAAUGCGUCAACUUCUUAAAAACUGGGCUCAGAGCGAUUUCAAGAGUGAUCCUGAGUUGAAUCUAAUACCAUCUCUUUACUUCAAAUUACAACAUGAUGGUUAUGAUUUCAGCAAUUUGAAUGAAAAACCGCCAAAGUCUGCAGCAAAAAUGACUGCAGCUCUGAAAGACCCAAACGUAGUUAGCAGUCAGCAAGAGGAAGAUGAUAUUGCCAAAGCGAUAGAGUUAUCGUUGAAGGAGACGAAAAAUAGUCCAAAGAACCAGAGAACCGGUAGUGCCGGAGUCGGUGUCUCUGGCGGAAGCUCAAGCGUUUCUGCUGCCUAUCCUUCAUUAUAUCCAUCAUUUUCUGGUUCUGGCUCAAUGGCGAGCAUUACUUCGACAGGUGGUAAUUCGAAUAAUUCCACCAAUUCACAGCCUGAACCACGUAAAGUGCGUGCUUUGUAUGAUUUUGAAGCCGCCGAGGAGAAUGAGUUGACUUUUUUCUCUGGAGAAAAUAUACAUGUACUCGAUGAUUCCGAUCCGAAUUGGUGGAAAGGCUAUAAUCAACGUGGCGAGGGUCUCUUUCCAUCGAAUUUCGUAACUGCUGAUUUGUCUGUCGACCCAGAACGUUUGGAUAUAAAUCAGCAGAAUAAAAUUAAAAAGAGUGUACAAUUUGAGGAUGAUGCCAAAGAAUUGCAAUUAAAGACUGAAGCUGCUGCAGCGGCAGUUGCCGAACAACGAAUAGAAAUCGAUGAAGAGAAAAUUGAUCGCCUACUACAUCUGCUGCACGAAGCAAAUCCCGAAGAUCCCUCACAGGAUAGUGAGGAAAUGUUACGUUUGGAACAGGAAGUACAUCAGAUGGGUCCACUAAUUGAUGCCGAACUUGAACGUGUCGAUCGCAAACAUGCACAACUAACACAGCUCUCAAGCGAUUUAGUAGAUGCGAUCAAUCUUUAUCAUUCUCUGAUGCGUGAUGAUCGUUUGGGCUUACCAAGUGGUCCCGUAGCAGGCGCUUAUAUGGGUGGCAUACCCGGUAUGUCAGGUGCAAUGCCUGGUUUAGGUUAUCAGGGUGUACCGAAUCCACAAAUGUUAUAUGGUGCAGCUGGUUAUCCAGGCAAUGCCAGUUUUCCAACACAUAUGCAACAACAACAUAUGCCUCCACAUAGCUAUGGCAUGCAAUCGUUGCCAUAUACGAACUCAAUGCAGUUGCCUGGUAAUGUCGCGCCAGUGACCUCGCAAAAUUCGUUAAAUCAAAAUGUGACUUCAACAGCAGCAGCAGCAACUAUACCAGGCGGUGGUUACGCUAUACCACAACAAUACCAAAAUGGACACAUUAAUACAGCGCAGUUGAACGGUAAUAGUUCAACGACUGUCGGAAUCAAUGCACUGCCAUCGUCUAUGAACUCCUUACCCUACGGUGGUGUACAGUUGCCAGCAACCUCAGCGCCGCCAUCGUCUGAACAACAGCAACCACAGCAAAUGCCCCAAUUGGGUAAUAUGCAGUCAAUGCAAUCGAUGCAAUCCAUGCCACAGUAUCCGAAUGGACAUUUAUCUGGUGUACCAAAUCAAAUGAAUGAUGGCAUAAAUGCCUUGCCACCCGAUCAGCUGCAUCAACAACAGCAACUUCCACACCACCUUCAGCAUCAGCAUCCACAACACUAUGGCAAUUUACCAAAUGCAUCGUCACAGCCAACACAACCACCACAGCAUGCGUUUAUGACAUCACCACCACCACAACCACCAACUGCUGGCGGCAUGCCGCCCCCAGGCAUGUUACCCCCCAGCCAUGUUAUGCAUAAUCCAACAAAUGCCGGCGGUGAACAGUACAGUCAAUUGCAACAACAAAUGGCUGCCAUGUCUCUAGCAGGUGGCGCUAAUCAACCGGUAACACAGAAUUUCCUUGUACAAAAUGAUCCAAAACAUAACAUUCCGAUUUACCAGCAGCAACGGUAAGACGUUGGUUUGCUCGGUUGUUUGACAUCGACAAUACGUCGUCAUAAAAUUUUCCGCUCGUCCUCUUUUUAAUUAUAAAAAAUAUACAUAUAUAUCGUCUUUAACAUCAAGUCGAAGCAUCUUGGCAGAUGUCACUGUCGUACUUUCUGGAACAAAACAAACAAAAUGAGUUUUGCUUUAUUUGAACGUAAUAGCUUUAUAAAGAAGAGGAUUUGCUAUGUAAUAAUUAUUGCGCCAUUUGGACGGCCACUAUUCGUAAAAAUGAAAUAUUUUGAUAUUGUUAUUUCUUUUCUCUUUGUUUUUAUUUUCGUAUUAUUCUCAGUCGCAGUAAACGAAUGAAUGUAUCGUAAUUUAAUUGCUAAACUAUUAAUGUUAAGUUGUUUUAAUUAAUAGACGAACGAAGAACGUAUUGUUUCCUAACUUGGUUACUUGUGCUGGUGAGCGAGCGAGCGUUGAGAAGCAAAACAGUUAUACUAGAAGAUUUACAUAUGAAUUCUAUAUAUACUCCGAAUCAUUUCAAUGAGGAAUGUUAGAAUGCUAGAGAGAUGGGUAUUAAAUGUUUGGAAAGAGAAGAUACUUUUAGCAUGACUUAUGUUUACACCACAUUUGGAAAAUAAUCCAUAAUAUAAUUCUUCAAAAUAAUAUAUAAAAGAAUAUUUGUAUGAGAAACCAAUAUUAUUACAUACUAGAAAAGCAAAUUAUAACAGUACUAUUACUACGUAUAAACGUUUUACGAUAACAUUAAUGGAAAAUUAAAUACAGAAUUAUUAAAAAGAUA